AUGGUAUCGGAGCAAGGUCAUGUGGAUGCUCCUCACACUCCGGUGGAGCCAUACAUUGAUCCUCCCCUACCUCCUAUUACAGAUUUUGAUGCUUCAGGUAUGAUGACUGAUGCUUCUACAAUGCUGAGAAGUGCACAGACACUGUCCAGCAACUUCACUGCUACUACGGUAGUUAUGGCAGUUCCUUCGAUAAAUCAAGGUUACUUGCCUUCAAGCCUUAGCAUCCCUACAAUGGGAAAUAAUGCUCACCAUUCAACCUUCUUACCCAAUCCCAUCUACAGUAUGUCACAACCUUUCACAGUGGCAUCACAACAACCAUCCUACAACCUGCAAAAUCCAUAUUCAAACUCAAACAUUAGCCAAAAUUCUUUUCAAAACCCCUACCAUCUAUUUCCUAAUGAUUUUUCUAUUAGCAAAUUGAUUACUUUGGAGUUAAACAACUCAAACUAUCAUCUACGGAGCUCUACUUUUUUGAAUGCCUUAGAAGCUAGAAACAAGUCUGGUUUUGUAGAUGGCACUCUAAAAGUACCAGAUGAGUCUGAUCCCAUCUUUCCCUUUUGGAGGCAAUCUAACAGCCUCAUCAAAACUUGGCUGACCAAUUCCAUCUCCCCUAGCAUCCUGCAGAGUGUUUCUACUUGGAAAUCAGCAAGAGAAAUAUGGUUGGACCUCAAAAGCAUAUACUCAGUCGCUAAUGCUACUAGAGUCUUUGAGGUUGUCAGGGAAAUAUCUAAUAUCAGGCAAGGAGCCAUGAAUGUCACAGAUUACUAUUCAAAAAUUAAGAGCUUGUGGGAUGAAUUGGAACGAAACAAGGUAUUGCCUAGGUGCAAAUGUGGUAAAUGCAUAUGUGAUGUUCACAAGCCUUUCCUAAUUGACAGGGAGAAGGAUAAGGUCAUGCAAUUUCUAAUGGGCCUCAAUGACAGUUACAGUAAUGUUAGCAGUCAGAUCCUACUCAAAGAACCCUUCCCAGAUGUGGGAAGACUUUUAAUAUGGUUAGGCAAGAAGAAAGAAAGCAAGGGAUGA